UCUCUUGCUGCUGAACGAGAUAGCGCAGGAAAAAUAUCGUCGCCGGAUUGGGAGGAAGGAUAGAGGGACGGGGAAGGGAGGCCGCGAAGGGAACGCAGAUUUCUCAUUGUCUCCCGACGGUUGGAACAAUCCUCUUCUCUCUAUUGUCCCACAAAAAUCCCGGAACUCCUCUUGUUUCGGGUUCCCUCAUCUUUUCUCACCGCUAGAAAUUCCAACUCUCGACUGGCUUCUCUCCAAUUCCCAGUCGCACAGACUCUGUUCUCUUCGCGAUUCAGUUUCCGGAUUUUCGCUAGGAAAGAAGCUGUAUUCGACAUUUUUUGGUUUUUUUUUUCUCUCUCCAGUUUCCAGAAUCUCUAUGGCCCGGUAAGAACUUUUGAAGAUGUUGAUGCCGGCUUCCGUCUAAAGUAUUAGCCACCAGCUCCUGUGUUCGUUUUCCUGGAUUUUCUGAAAAUGGGAACUCUUCCGAGCUACUCCCUCAGCAACGCUACCCUCGGUCCGGAUUUCCGAUGCGGCUUCUUUCGAUGCCGGGAAAAGGCUGCCCAGAGGACUAAAUUCGCGACGGCCAGGGAGGGAUACGGUUUUUGUUGUCUAAGAUUUGCAGCGUUGCGGAGGGGGAAUUGUGGAAGGAAAAUGGACGGUUUCAGGUGUCUUAGUGGCAGUGGGAGCAGCGAGGAAGAUAAUGAACCCAAGAAGGUGGACUCUUCUGUGGCAACGGAAGAGAGAGAGUUUUCUGUGGCAACGGAAGAAAGGGACCGGAGAAACGAUGACGGCCCAAGUGCAGAGAACAACCAAGCUUCGAUUUCGUCAGGGCCAUCAGGCCUUCCAACCGAAAGCCCUAUGUACAAUAAUUUCCAAGUUGAUUCUUUUAAACUAAUGGAACUUCUUGGGCCAGAGAAGGUUGACCCUUCUGAUAUAAAGCUCAUUAAGGAAAAACUUUUUGGUUACACCACCUUUUGGGUCACUGGGGAGGAGCAAUUUGGUGACUUUGGAGAAGGCAUUCUUUUCCUUGGAAAUCUAAGGGGGAAAAGAGAAGAUAUAUUUGCAAAACUUCAGCGCCAGCUUGCAGAAGUCACUGGGGACAAAUACAACUUGUUCAUGGUAGAAGAACCUAAUUCAGAUGGGCCAGAUCCACGAGGUGGUCCUCGUGUUAGCUUUGGUUUACUGCGAAAGGAAGUUUCAGAACCUGGACCAACAACACUCUGGCAAUACGUGAUUGCUUUCAUUCUUUUUGUGUUAACAGUAGGUUCCUGCGUUGAGCUGGGCAUCGCAUCUCAGCUGAACAGGCUUCCACCCGAGGUUGUGGAUUAUUUCACAAAUCCAAAUGCUUCAGACCCUCCUGAUAUGCAACUGUUGGUCCCUUAUGUGGAAUCUGCUUUGCCGUUGGCAUAUGGAGUCUUAGGUGUUCAACUCUUUCAUGAAGUUGGUCAUUUUCUUGCUGCAUUUCCUCGAAAAGUGAAACUCGGUCUUCCCUAUUUUAUUCCAAACAUUACGUUGGGGAGCUUUGGUGCAAUUACUCAGUUCAAGUCCAUUCUUCCUGAUAGAAAAGCAAAAGUUGAUGUGUCUAUGGCUGGCCCAUUAGCUGGUGCUGCACUUUCCUUUUCAAUGUUCGGAGUUGGGCUUCUGCUCUCAUCGCAUCCAGCUGCAGUGGGAGAUUUGGUGCAGGUGCCUAGCAUGCUCUUCCAGGGUUCAUUACUUCUUGGUGUUAUCAGCAGAGCAGUCCUUGGAUACAGUGCCAUGCACGCUGCUACUGUGUCAAUUCAUCCUCUUGUAAUUGCAGGCUGGUGCGGUUUGACAACGUCAGCAUUUAAUAUGCUUCCUGUUGGUUGCCUUGAUGGUGGCAGGGCCGUCCAGGGUGCCUAUGGCAAGGGCUGGCUUGUUGGAUUUGGUUUGGCAACAUAUGCAAUGCUGGGAUUAGGAGUGCUUGGUGGACCAUUAUCAUUGCCAUGGGGGUUGUACGUUCUAAUUUGUCAGAGAACACCGGAGAAACCAUGUCUGAAUGAUGUGACUGAGGUGGGGACUUGGAGGAAAACUGCUUUAGCCGUGACCUUAUUCUUUGUUGUAUUAACCCUUCUUCCUUUGUGGGACCAAUUAGCAGAGGAGUUGGGUGUCGGACUUGUGACAACAUUUUAAUUGAACCUUCCCUGUGAGCAUGAGUACUCCAGAAAUUUUGACGUCAUCUUUAAUUUUCUCAUUAAUACGUAAAUGUAAAUUCAUUUAUAAUUGUUGUAUAGUGCAAUUUUUCGCGUUCGGAAUCA